AUGGAGCAGAGCGUACUGUCGCUUCGUCAUGGCCCAGAAAGUUUGGUGCAGGUGGUGCGCGCUGUCCUCCACACUGCAGUUGUCUUCCCUGGGAAACAGGACAUUGGCAUGACUGGGCUAACGGUGAAAUGUGAAGAAGAAACAAAAUCUGUAGAACCCAAACCUGAAAAAAAACAUAAAGAGCCAAGACUUGCUAAAGAAGUGUCUUUAACUGUAGAAGACUUUGAAAGUGUUCCUUCGUACCUGAGAGGUCGUUUAACUUACGAUCAGAUUAAUGCAGUUAUUCAAGGCAUAAACAAGGCUGUGCUGGGCAAGUACAAGAUCCUUCAUCAGCCUUUGAAGUCUAUGAAUUUUGCGGUCAGAAAACUCUACCACAGGUUCCUGGAAGAAGAAACUAAGGACACAAAAGGUGAAUUUUUCUUUGUGGAGGCUGAUAUCGAGCAUUUUGCUCGUCUGAAGAUGGACAGGCGCUUUCACAGCAUCCUCAGUAUCCUGCGCCACUGCCGGAAAGUGAGAGAAGUUCGUGGCUCAAGACUCGUCCGCUACGUCAUCUGCUAG